AUUAGAGCAGCCGGCGCGGAGCCGUUCCCAACGCCACCUCCUGUCUCCUCCGCCGCAGUUUCCUCCGCCGCUGUCGGCGGGUGCGGAGCUGAGGGACCCGGGCGACCGUCGCGCACUUCCCCGCCUGUCUCGCUCCGUUCCGCCUUAAGGGCUCGGCCGGACGUCCCCUCCCCAGGCCGGCCAGCGGGUCACCUCAGUCCCGCGGGCAGGGGUCCGGGGCCCGGAGCCCGGGGCCGAGGCCUGUGCUGCCGGCUGCGAGCUGAGGGCGACGCUCCCGUGACGCGGAGAGGAGGUUUGCAUCCCCUCGCGCGCCGCGGAGCCCGGGCGGGCGCCGGCCAGGCCGGGCCGCGUGCGGUGGUUGUCUGGGGGAGGGGGCGCGGGUGAUUCAGCGCCCCGCCAGGCGGAAGCGGCCGCCGUCGCCGCGGCGGAGGAGGAGGAGGAGGGGACAGCUGUCCGCGCAGGGGCACCCGCGGUGGCCCGAGCCCGUGGCCCGCGUGCUAGGCGGAGGAGAGGAGGCCGCGGGGACGCGAGGCGAGGCCGGCCGGGGCGCCCGCAGCCAUGGAGAACGCUCACACAAAGACGGUGGAGGAGGUUCUGGGCCACUUCGGCGUCAACGAGAGCACCGGGCUAAGCCUGGAGCAGGUCAAGAAGCUCAAGGAGAGAUGGGGCUCCAACGAAUUACCGGCUGAAGAAGGAAAAACCUUGCUGGAACUUGUGAUUGAGCAGUUUGAAGACUUACUAGUUAGAAUUUUAUUGUUGGCAGCAUGUAUAUCUUUUGUUUUGGCUUGGUUUGAAGAAGGUGAAGAAACAAUUACAGCCUUUGUAGAACCUUUUGUAAUUCUACUUAUAUUAGUAGCCAAUGCAAUUGUGGGUGUGUGGCAGGAAAGAAAUGCUGAAAAUGCAAUAGAAGCCCUUAAGGAGUAUGAACCUGAAAUGGGCAAAGUGUAUCGACAGGACAGAAAGAGUGUACAGCGGAUUAAAGCUAAAGACAUAGUUCCGGGUGAUAUAGUAGAAAUUGCUGUUGGUGACAAAGUUCCUGCUGAUAUAAGAUUAACUUCCAUCAAGUCUACAACUCUAAGAGUUGACCAGUCAAUUCUCACAGGUGAAUCAGUUUCAGUCAUAAAGCACACUGACCCUGUCCCUGACCCACGUGCCGUCAAUCAAGAUAAGAAGAAUAUGCUCUUUUCUGGUACAAACAUUGCUGCUGGGAAAGCCAUGGGAGUGGUGGUGGCCACUGGAGUUAAUACUGAAAUUGGCAAGAUCCGGGAUGAAAUGGUUGCAACGGAACAGGAGAGAACACCACUGCAGCAGAAGUUAGAUGAGUUUGGGGAACAGCUUUCCAAAGUUAUCUCCCUCAUUUGCAUUGCAGUCUGGAUCAUAAACAUUGGGCAUUUCAAUGACCCAGUUCAUGGAGGCUCCUGGAUCAGAGGUGCUAUCUAUUACUUUAAGAUUGCAGUGGCCUUAGCUGUUGCUGCCAUCCCUGAGGGUCUGCCUGCUGUCAUCACUACCUGUUUGGCUCUUGGAACUCGAAGAAUGGCGAAAAAAAAUGCCAUUGUUCGAAGCCUACCUUCUGUGGAAACCCUUGGUUGUACUUCUGUUAUUUGCUCAGACAAAACAGGCACACUUACGACAAACCAGAUGUCAGUUUGCAGGAUGUUCAUUCUGGACAAAGUUGAAGGUGAUACUUGUUCCCUUAAUGAGUUUACCAUAACUGGAUCAACAUAUGCACCCAUUGGAGAAGUGCAUAAAGAUGAUAAGCCAGUGAAAUGUCAUCAGUAUGAUGGUCUUGUAGAAUUAGCAACAAUCUGUGCCCUUUGUAAUGACUCUGCUUUGGAUUACAAUGAGGCAAAGGGUGUGUAUGAAAAAGUUGGAGAAGCUACAGAGACUGCUCUCACCUGCUUGGUAGAGAAGAUGAAUGUAUUUGAUACGGAAUUAAAAGGGCUUUCUAAAAUAGAACGUGCAAAUGCCUGCAACUCGGUCAUCAAACAAUUGAUGAAAAAGGAGUUUACUCUGGAGUUUUCACGAGAUAGAAAAUCAAUGUCAGUCUAUUGUACACCAAACAAGCCAAGCAGGACAUCCAUGAGCAAGAUGUUUGUGAAGGGUGCUCCUGAAGGUGUCAUCGACAGGUGUACCCACAUUCGAGUUGGAAGUACAAAGGUCCCCAUGACCCCUGGUGUCAAACAGAAGAUCAUGUCUGUCAUUCGGGAGUGGGGCAGUGGUAGUGACACACUGCGAUGCCUGGCUCUCGCCACUCAUGACAACCCACUAAGGAGAGAGGAGAUGCACCUGGAGGAUUCCGCCAACUUCAUCAAAUAUGAGACCAAUCUGACAUUCGUUGGCUGUGUGGGCAUGCUGGAUCCUCCCAGAAUCGAAGUGGCCUCCUCUGUGAAGCUGUGCCGUCAAGCAGGCAUCCGUGUCAUCAUGAUCACAGGGGACAACAAGGGCACUGCUGUGGCCAUCUGUCGUCGCAUUGGUAUCUUUGGGCAGGAUGAGGAUGUGACAUCAAAGGCUUUUACAGGGCGGGAAUUUGAUGAGCUCAGUCCCUCAGCCCAGAGAGAUGCCUGCUUGAACGCCCGCUGUUUUGCUCGAGUUGAACCUUCCCACAAAUCUAAAAUUGUCGAGUUCCUUCAGUCCUUUGAUGAGAUCACAGCUAUGACUGGUGAUGGUGUGAAUGAUGCUCCUGCCUUGAAGAAAUCUGAGAUUGGCAUUGCCAUGGGUUCUGGCACUGCAGUGGCUAAAACUGCCUCAGAGAUGGUCCUGGCAGAUGACAACUUCUCCACCAUUGUGGCAGCUGUCGAGGAGGGGCGAGCCAUCUACAACAACAUGAAGCAGUUUAUCCGAUACCUCAUCUCAUCCAACGUCGGGGAGGUUGUCUGUAUUUUCCUGACAGCAGCUCUUGGAUUUCCUGAGGCUUUAAUUCCUGUCCAACUACUCUGGGUCAACCUGGUGACAGAUGGUCUGCCUGCCACUGCUCUGGGGUUCAACCCUCCGGACCUGGACAUCAUGAAUAAACCUCCCCGGAACCCGAAGGAACCGCUCAUCAGUGGAUGGCUCUUUUUCCGUUACUUAGCUAUUGGCUGUUAUGUUGGUGCUGCCACUGUGGGUGCUGCUGCAUGGUGGUUCAUUGCUGCUGAUGGUGGUCCAAGAGUGUCCUUCUACCAGCUGAGUCAUUUCCUACAGUGUAAAGAGGACAACCCAGACUUUGAUGGAGUGGAUUGUGCAAUCUUUGAGUCUCCGUACCCAAUGACAAUGGCACUUUCUGUUCUAGUAACCAUAGAGAUGUGUAAUGCCCUCAACAGCUUGUCUGAAAACCAGUCCUUGCUGAGGAUGCCUCCUUGGGAGAAUAUCUGGCUUGUGGGCUCCAUCUGCUUGUCCAUGUCGCUCCACUUCCUGAUCCUCUAUGUAGAACCCUUGCCACUCAUCUUCCAGAUCACACCACUGAAUUUGACCCAAUGGCUGAUGGUGCUGAAAAUCUCCUUGCCUGUGAUCCUCAUGGAUGAGACCCUCAAGUUUGUGGCCCGGAACUACCUGGAACCCGGUAAAGAGUGUGUACAGCCUGCCACCAAAUCCUCCUGCUCGUUUUCAGCAUGCACCGAUGGCAUUUCCUGGCCGUUUGUGCUGCUCAUUAUGCCCCUGGUGGUCUGGGUCUACAGCACAGACACUAACUUUAGUGAUAUGUUCUGGUCUUGACUGACAGCGCUACAUACAGAAGAUGUUUAACUUAAUUAAUUUUUUAUUGUUUAAAGCAACUGUCUAUUUCUGCUGAAUUUUCACAUGAACAUACUGGCUGGUGAAGGAGAUUUCAUACUCUAGAUUUUGUUUUGCUUUUUCUGACUCCAGUGGGACAAAAUUUUCCUUUUUUAUACACAUAAUUAAAGUGUCCAUUGACAUGUACAGAGAACUAACACUAUUUUAUGCAGAUAUUUUUUUGUAGAUGAAAAAGCAUGUACAGUGUUCUGUUUAAUACUCAUACUUGUACAAAAUGGUUGAGCCAGCAGACAUUGUCAGCAAAUUAAUUGGAAGCAGACUUUAGGAAAUGAAUGUGUGUGGUUUUUUAAAAGACUAAAUAGCAUGUAUUGUGUCUUUUGCAUGAUUAUCUGGAUUUAAUUUGAUAUCACAGUCUAAUUUUUAUUCAUAAGCCAAUUUUUCUGCACUGAGCAGAGUCCUGCUACCUCAGUCAGUAUUUUUGGUUUGCCACUUCCCACACCCUCAGCCUCUGUUCACCCCCAGCCCACCCUGGCCCGCUCAGCUUCUUCUAUAGGUCUGAUGGUUCUGUUUACAUCUGUCUUCAUGAGAGGUAUGCCUGUUCUCGCUUGUGCAGAAAACAUUGUUCCAGAUUCAGAUGGACUGGGUUUCUUUUUCUGUCCUUCACCUAGUUUUUAAGGUUAUUUAUUUAAAUGUCUAAUGUAUUUUAUUGUAACAGACAUUGUUUGGCCAACAUUGCCUAUUUGAGUGGCACUUCACAAUCUAGUUUAAAAGAAAAAUAAAACAUUUUAAAUGGACAGAGAAAAAUAACUGUCUUGUUCUUAACUGGCUUACCUUGAGCUAUCUAAUAAUCAGUUCAUAUUUCUGAGUUUCUCAGCUCAGAAUCUUAGCUUCCUAUUCUUGAGGGGAGGAAGGGUCCUGUUCUGCUGCAUAGGGAGUCAUAGGGAUUUUGUUUUUAAUGUACAGGCAUGAAUUGCCAUCCGUGAUACACAUUUAUGCAAGUUUCUGCUGGCCUAUUGUAUGUAGCCUGGUCUAAGGAAUGUGAGGGCAAGUGUGUGUGUGUAUGUGCGUGUAUGUGUUUUGUAAAAUCUGUAAAUAGCACAUGACCAAAUGAACAUAUUGUAUAGAACUAUUUUUAUUUGACUGUGGCACUAACCACCACGACUCUGAUGAACGUUUGCGCAUGUUCAAGGUCAGUCUUAACGGCAGUGUGAGGCAUUAACAGUCCUAACUGUGGUGUUUUCCUCCAAUGCCUUCCAACAUCCAUCAACUAACGUGAGUAUCUUCCUUCAUGAAAUUGGGAUGCUUUGGCCUCUGUAAAGAUGAUGCCACUGAAUUGAGAUGGCCCCUACAGCUAGUGUGCAGCAUGCUCCUGUGUACAGUGAGGGAAAGGGUGUGUUUGCUGUACCCACCAGGUACCUCCUCCUGAGGAGAUGGGGAGUGUCAGCUGCCUGGUGACAAGAGACUUCCUGUAGAUACCACAUUUACCAGGACAGUGAUUCUGUGAGCCGUGGAGAUGGGACUGCUGUGAUCUCCUUGACCUCAGGCUGAAGCAGCUGUACCUCUGGUACCAGUCAGACUGAGACCUCACACAGCAUGCCACAGGACUUUGGAUCUUUGGUUCUUCAUUAACUGUUGGAAGCUAGUAAAGCCAAGAACUGAUACAGGUUCCCUUUUUUCACCAAGAAUAUAUGAUGAAGUAUUUUAGGACAUGGUUCCGCUAAGCCCCUUCUUAACCAGCAGCUGGUGUGAGGUCGCCUGGGCUGCUCACUCCAGAAGUUGCAUACGUCAGGCAGAAGAAAGUGCUGGGUUUAGAGUGCCACACCUUCAGGGCUGGAGGUGGAAAGAGGCAACUGAUCUUUGAAAGCAGUCUGGUGGUCUCACUGUCAGACCUCUAAGACUGCUUACAAGGACCAGUGGCUCCCAGAAAGCAGAUAAGUUUGUCCAGCAGAGUAAGGGGCAGGUUUUGCUAUUUUUGGAUGCUAGGAAGUAUUAAUUUUGAGUGGGUCAAACACUAACUUCUGAGCUACAGACUAAAAUAGGAUAUUGGGGUGUUGAGUGAUAGACUAUGCAAUGGAAGAAACUGACCCAUUAGCAUUUCCUGUCUCAGUUCCUUAUUUAGUGACCUCCACAAAUAAGUGGGCCACUGGAGGAGGAGUUCUUAUCCCCAGUGGCCCUGGGCUAGUUGCAGCCUUGUGGUUUAUCAGCCUUGGGUCCUUGAAGCCCAUCAAGGCUAUUUGGGCACCCACUUCCUCAACACAAAGAGGUGGAGCUGGCUAGAUCAAUUGCUGCCUUGAAUAGGAUCACUUGGUCCCUCUGGCACAUGUAAGGUCAGUUGACGGCAUUUCAGCACCUCCAUCUCUAGCCCACACAGACCAGUGUCAACAGCAUGGCCCAGCUACAGGCCUCUGUCUGCAGGUGCUCAGCCUCACCCUCACCUAGCACCCUUAAGAAGUGACAACAAUACAUAGACGGGCAUUGGCAUCACCACCUGGUAAAAGGCAGCUCUAACCUAAAACUCAGCCCUAAGUUUUCCUGAAUGGCUUCCUCCAUGCAGUUGUACCCUGGAUCCAAUCCCACAGCCCACUCUGCAAAGUGCAGGUGAUGCAUUCCCCAGCAAGCUAGGGAAGCUACCAAGGGUAGGAACUGGCCGGCCACUUCACAGCAGCUGCUACACAGCAAGCACCCUCAAACUAGGGCCUCAGCCCACUGACAAUGGACAGACCCUAGGAAUGCUGCAGACUACAGCACUGGCUUCAUGUCUGCCAAAUACCAGUGCUGCCCAUAGCCCAGCACUGAGCCCAAAAGGCAUGGUUGCCCUUUGUCAUCAUCAACCACCAAAUUCCACCAAAAUCAGCCCCUUGCAGUUACUGUUGCCUUUACUGAGAGGGAAGCCAGGGCAUGUUCAUUUGCCUUUCAGGCAGAGCUGAGCCUGCAACCCAGGACUGGCCACCUUGCAGGACCAGGAGGGAAUGGGAAGACCUUCUUGGCACCAUGCCACUCACUUUGCUCCACCUGCCUCACCCUCUGCAUGACUAACCAAGAUCAUCUCUGGCUGCUAUCACCACCCUCAUACCUGACAUGCUUUCAAGUUACUGCCUCAUUAAACCUUCCUAUGAGUCAGGGGUGAUCUUUGCUGUAUAGGUAGACAGCAUGAGGGCAGUCACCAAGCCAGCUUCUAGGUGUGACUGUGUGGGCACUGCCCUCAGGAGCAGUUAGUUAGAAAUGCUGUUCUUGUGAUCUUGACCAAGCUCAGCAUUCUCUUCCAUCUGUCACUAUUGUUCUGAGUCUUAGGAGGUUAUUCUAACAUUCUCCAUGUUUCAUGAAGCUGAUUUCCUCUCUCUUUCCUUUUCAGCAAUACUGGAGUAACCGCUUCCUAAACCAUUUUGCAGAAAUGUAAGGGUGUUCAGUUGCGUGCAUGUGUGUUGUUAGAAACACAUCUACCAACCCUCUGCAUGACUGAUGUUGGGGAAAAAAAUAGAAUAAAAGUUCCCAACUCAUUGUGUGUGAUGUGGAGGAAAUGUGUAUUACCAGUGGGGUUUUUAGCUAUUAAAAUAAUUACAAAUGUACAAUUUAGCUUAUUGAAUCAGAAAGCCUCUCCAGAGAAGUUUAGUAUUCUUUGCUGCAAGAAGAAUGUGGUUCUGAAACCUUAUCUAAGAACUUAUAAGCCAUCCUCCAAGUCUCCAUAUUUCUCUGUGCAGUGUCAUAGCCUCUGUAAAUGUAUAUUAUUCUAUUGUAAUGCAUGCCUUCAGUUGUAAGUAGCCAGAUUUCUCUACAGUGACAUUGAAACAUGCUGCUUUUUAAUUGGCCCUGUACAGUUUGCUUAUUUGUAAAUUCUUUUAAAACACUACAGAUGUAGGCCUUCAGUUCAUAACUGCAAUUGUUUUUUGAGUGUGCAGAUAGCUAUUUCACACUGUACUCAAUGUAACUUAUUUAAUGAAAUCAGAAGCAGUAGACAGAUGUUGGUGCAAUACAAAUAUUGUGAUGCAUUUAUCUUAAUAAAGUGCUAAGCACCAAUUUAUCACAGCGCAUGUUUGACCAUAGACUGUAAAUAGAAAUCUGUUUGUUUGUUUCUGUGCUGGUAACAACAAGCAUUGCACAAACAAUGGUUUCAGGUAAAUAAAUCUAUUCUACAAUAAA